AUGCGCCCUGGUGAGGCAGUCGCUGCCUUUUCCAUGAACCAGACGGGCGGAUCGCGAGCGCCGCCCAGCCCAGAGCGGGACACUCUACAGCCCUUCCUCCGCUCCAGCCCCAUCUACGGUGGCAGUGCCAACGCUGCAAGCCCCAAAACCGGCAGCCUUGACGUGAACCUGCUCAGCCACUCGGCUGCCGUCAAGAUGCUUCCUGCGGACGAUGAGCCGGUGGCUAGCGAAGGCAGCAGUCACCGCCAGAAGCAGCCGCAGUGCCGCAGCGGCAUUGACAGCGACAGCACAAGCAGUAGCCGUAACAAUGCCGGGAAUUCGAUGAACAGCGGUAGCCGCAGCAGCAGCAGCAGCAGCAGUGGUGGCGGCCGUGGCGCCACCACCGCAAGGGGCCCAUUCCUCGGCAUGGAAGAAAGCAGCGGCGAGGCGAACGUCCCGAUCGGCCGCCCGUCGCGCGGUGACGGUCAGCCGCAGAAUGCGCGGCCGAAGUCGGAGGACCCGCCGGCAAUGACCUCUCUGCUGAGCCGUCGCUGUCUAGACGACGCCGUUGCUGUAGACACUGUCGAAGAUGACGACUGCGCUGAUAACGUGGACGAUGACGUCGAUAAUGCACGGCCAGGCUCACCUUUUCUGCACCGCCGCAACCGCCUGCGUGGGCCCCCUAUCGCAGCCGUGAUGAAACCGGAUGCAGCAAGCUGUCGAGCAGCUGGCAGGCGGCAUAGCUCAAACGUGGACCUGCUGGAGGCGCAGGAGGAUCCGCUGAUGCUGUCGCCUCACCAGCGACUCCUGCGCCCCGUGUCGAGCGACAGCAUCGUCUUUAGCAUCGUCUCCUCAAACAGUUCUGGUGACGAGCGGGAUGGUCAAGGGUCGGAGGCGGCACGGGCGUGGCGGCACGCUGGCGACGGCGAUGACGUGUCGUCACUGCUGCCGAGCACGUUGGCACUGCCGGGGCACGCAUCGAGCAAUACCCUCCUCCGCCCAUGCACCGUGUACGACGCCGAUGACAAUGGCAGCGGAACUGGCAAAGACGGCGUCGAGAGCGGGGCAGACUCGAUGCACUCGUCCCCGGUGGCUGUCACGCUCUGGGGCGUCGACCGCGACCUCCGCCGCAAGCGCAUCAAGAAAGUCAGCCACUACAUCCUCGGCCCGCUGCUCGGAGAGGGCAGCUACGGCGUCGUGCGCGACUGCAUCAACCUUAACACGGACAACGCCGACCGGCGUUUCUCGCGGUGCGCCAUCAAGAUAAUCAAUGGGAACUACGCCAAGUUCGACACGCCAGCAGCGAAACCGGGCAAGGCGUCGUCGACGUCGGCUGCCGCGACCGAGGACGGCACUGAUGGCGGUGCUCGGGCAGGCACCAGAGGCACACUGAAGCGCACGUCUGGCAUGCAGUACCGCCGUGAGGAGGACUUGAAGCGGCAGGAAACCUUUCAGCGGGAGAUGCGCAACCUGCAGCGCUUCCACAGCACGAACAUCAUUCGCGCCCUCGAUGCCUUCACGCGCUACAGCAAGGAGUACGUUGUGAUGCCUAUCGCCAUCUGUAGCCUGCGGCAACUCGUGCAACAGAUGCUGCGCACGCGGUGGCGCGAGGCGGUGCGGGAGUGGCGGCGAGCGCAACGUCGGCUGCGGCGGAAGCAGCGGCACCAGCGAGGACGUUUCGCGCCCUCGGUCAGCAGAGAUGAGACACAGACGCCGCCGCAGCCGUCGCCAGGGCUCCCCAUGGUGCCAUCUGCGGUGGAGGAGCUGGAUAUGGAUGCGUUUGCCUCGAUGACAGACGGCGAGUGCGACGACGACGAAGAUACCGAUGGCAUCUCAGCGAGCCAGCCGCACAGCAGCAGCGAUGGUGACGACGGCGUGGCUGCUGAGCGGGACAGUGAAGCGAGCAUGGUCGACCAUGAGGAAGAGUCGCAGCGGCAGCAUUCUGACACCAGCAGCAUCACUGCGACAAGAGCAGGAGGUCGAGUCACAGUCGCGGCGGCUGCAGUUGCGGAAAGGGGUCCUUCUGCGCAAUCUCGCCUUCCGCCACGUGUCUCCUUCAACGGUGCCUCCAGCACCGCCACCACAACGCACAGCAUCGACCGCUAUACGGACCACUCCAACGGAUCGCCCCCUUCCCAGUCGCCCCAGCAGCGAUCAUUGGAGCACUGCCCGAUCUUCGCCGGGGGCCACCACCACAGAGGCGGUGCCGGAAGCUGGGGAGACGACGUCAGCGACGGCGGCUCCGCGAGCACGACAGAGACGAAUAACGGCAUCACAGUCAUGAGCGCGACACCGCCGGCGCUGUCGACCACCGAGCUCCCAAUGGAGUGCGACGACCUCGUCGGCAGCGGCGCCAACGGCGCUGACGGGCGGCCGCCAGCCACCGCGUCACCGGCACCGGCACCGGCAGCCUCCGCGCAGCACAUCCGGCCACGCAUGUCGCUUCCCGUGUGCUCGCCAACGCUGCUGAAGGGCAUCUUCUACCAGCUCAUGUCCGGCGUUGCCUACCUGCAUCAGCAGCACCUGGCGCACAACGACAUCAAGGCGUCGAACGUGCUUCUCUUCGAGGACGGCACCGUGAAGCUGGCCGACCUCGGCAGCGUCAGCGACACGUACAACGAUCAAGGCUCCCCUCUCUGUGCUUCACCGGAGCUGUGCAAGUACUUCUACGGCGCCGCGACGCCGCCGGCAUCCUUCUCGCAGUCGGCGCAGCACGUAGGGCGGGACGCGGCGCAGUCCAGCGACAUGUGGUGCUGCGGGCUGCUGCUCUAUUACCUCAUCACUGGAAAACCCGGCCCGCUGCCAGUGCAGCUGCAAUACUUCCGUGCAUUGAACAGCAAGCAGGCGCACCAGCACUCUCGGCCCUUCGCACCGCACGGCGACGGCGGCCAAGCUGGCCUCCCCCCCGUCGUGACCCGCUACCAGCUUUACCGCGAGAUUGCGCAGCAGACAAUGCCGGUGGACCUCGGUGACCUGCCCGAUAUGGUAGCACCGGACGCGGGCAAUGGCGUGCUGCUCCCUAGCUCACCGAUGUUGACCAAAGGUGAGACCCCACACGGUGACUCUGUGAAUGAUGCGGCCACGCCGUCGUACCCGCCCAACGGCGUGCGACAUCUCCUGGCAGGGCUCCUCGAGCUGGACCCGCUGCGUCGCCUCACCGCCGAGCAGGCGCUACGCCACCCGUGGCUGCGCAUAACCUUCCGCUCCAAGACGAGUGAAACGAGUAGCAACAACACGGUCAGCCAGACCACCGCACCGAACAGCAGCGGCGGGCAGCAAGACGAUGCGCAGAAUCAGCAGCAGCAGCGCAAGGCGCCGUCGAAGCAGGCCAUGGAAAAGGCCAUUCAGCGUGAUGUGGCACGUCGCGUGAUGGAGUCGCGGCACGUGCAGCACAUGCUGCGCCUGGAUCGACAGCGGCACCUUCAGUUCGUCGCGGACUGCUGCAACAUGCUGAACCUGGCAAUACCUCCAGAGAUCAUCAAGGUGCACCCCGAGGCGCCCUACCACGAUGACAACGGUGCCAGCGUUUGCUCCUCCCCACCUCCAGCGCUGCAGGUGUAUCGCCCCAACUCGCUGGCCGCGGCGGCGGCGGCUGUGUCGGGGCGUAACACCCGUCUUGGUCGGCCGUCCGUCGGUUUCAACACGCCAGGGCCGCGCGGCGGCCCUGGCGGCAGCGAGUGGUCUCUCACCUCACGCAACAGCCGCAACGCAGCCGUGACGGGGGUCGCCCUACGGGACGGCAUGCGACCACGCGUGAUGCCACCCGGGUGCGUCGACACCGAUCUGUUCCUUCCACCCUCGGAGGAGGACUACUAUGAGCAGAAGAGUGGCAAGGCGGAGUUUGAUGUGCGGGUACUGCGCCGCAAGCCGCUGCUUAUGGCGCAGCUCGAUGAGUACUUCAACAACGUCGUGCUCGUGCAGUGCGGGUAUCGGACGGGGCCAGAUCCGAACUACCAGGCAAUGCGUCUGCGAGCCGUGCCUAUCGAGGAUAAGAGCGGUGGUGGUGGCAGCGAUGGGAGUCAAGGAGGUACCCAACAGCCAGCGGUCAUGAUCCUGCCAGGCGUCAGUGGCAGUGUCUACCGUCGCAGCCCGUUCCUAGGGCUGUCAUCGAUGCCGGCAGCAGCAGCGGUGGCAGGGUAUAGUUCCGAUGACGGCGGCACCGACGGCGCAAACAGCCGCGGCGGGUCUGUGGACGUGUGGGCCGCCGGUCCUCGGCACAACCCGCACACCCACGUUGAUGAUCACCGUGAAGUGGUUGCGGCUGCCUCCUCGGCUGGUGCUGUUGCAGGCCGUGGAGCCAACAUGUCCAGAACAAGCGCCGCAGCGGGUCGUUCGCUGAUCGGCACAUCCCUGCAUGGGGCCACCGCGCCGUCGCGGUCGACUGCUGUUGGCGGCACCGGCAACCGGGCUCCAGAUGCUGGAAGUGAUCCCAUCCUCUACUGUGGCAGAGGUCGCAGGGGAGGCAGCGGCAGCGGCAGUGCCAGUCGUCGCGUGGCCGGCAGAGGUCGCAGGCGCGGCCAGCGUGACGCCAGCGAGUCCCCGUCAGAAGAGGAGGGCAACGUCGCCAUGCGGGAGAGCUCUAAGUGCCUGUGCGGACUGGUGUAA